ACACUGUCCCCCUUGUCCCCACAGCCGGACACACAGACCUCCGCUCCCACUAUUUCGUUUCGAGAAAGGGCUUUUCACAAAUGCAUCAUCUACCUCUGGGUCCUGUGCAGCUCGGUGGCCUUGGCCCUCAGUGGGCUGACCCUCUGGCACACUGUCCUGAUCCUGCGGGGGGAGACCAGCAUCGAGCGGCACAUCAACAAGAAGGAGCAGCAGCGGCAGCUCAAGAGAGGCCGGGUUUUUCGGAACCCCUUUAAUGCCGGCAAGUUAAACAACUUGAAACUGUUUCUCGGCAUCGAAAAGAGGAGGCACUGGCUGACCCGGGUGCUGCUCCCCUCCUCUCACCCUCCGCACGGGGACGGCCUGACAUGGAAGCUCCCGCAGAGCCUGGAGACAGAGCGCACGGUCCUGGCUAUUUAAGUGGGAAGAGAAUGCGGGAGGAACUCCUGCGUGUGGGGAGGAGAGAGAGAGAGAGAGAGAGCGAGCAGCGCGUGUGUCUGGAUCUUCUCACCUGAUCUCAGGGUGAGGGAGGGACCCACGUGGUCAGUGAUUGGGGGUCACAGCAACAAGACUGACCCCCACCUGCAGCAGCAAGAGCACCGCUGAGCUGCGACCACACUGUGGCGGAGCAGGGGGAAGCUGGUCGGACUGAAUUGAACAGGACUGUUAAAAUUUUUUUUUAAACAAGACAUUUUUUCGCCUGUCUCUUUGCCCUUUGGCCUGUUCCUCUCUCUGUACAAUGUUUGUUUAACAAGAUUUAUUGGAUUCAGA